CUCUCUUUCUCUCCCUCUCUCAAAUUUGUCAAUAUAUACUCCCAAAUUCACUUCCCCUUCUGGCCGCUCAUUAAUCAAAUCAUCUACAAACACAGUCAUUCUUCCAUCAUUUUCUAAAUCUUCCUAAGCGGAUAAUCAAUGGCUCGUACUAAGCAAACAGCCAGGAAAUCAACGGGAGGCAAGGCGCCACGUAAGCAGCUGGCGACGAAAGCCGCUAGGAAAUCGGCCCCAGCCACAGGAGGAGUGAAGAAGCCUCACCGUUUCAGGCCUGGAACGGUGGCGUUGAGAGAAAUCAGGAAAUACCAGAAGAGCACGGAGUUGUUGAUCCGGAAGCUUCCAUUCCAAAGGCUGGUGAGGGAAAUCGCUCAGGAUUUCAAGACCGAUCUAAGGUUCCAGAGCAGCGCUGUGGCCGCUCUCCAAGAGGCUGCUGAAGCCUAUCUGGUAGGGCUCUUUGAGGACACCAAUCUCUGCGCUAUUCACGCCAAAAGGGUUACCAUUAUGCCUAAGGAUAUUCAGCUGGCUAGGAGGAUCAGGGGAGAGAGAGCUUAAUAAUGUACUACUCUUUUUAGUCUUCUGUGAAAGAUCUAUGUUUCUAGAAUCUCUUUGCUAAUGUUUCUUUUAUAUGUUUAUCUCUUCUUUUAGGGCUUUUUUUCUUGAAUGAUGUAAGUUUGGGAAAUCUAAUUAGAGUACUUGGGAUACAUUUUCUUA